GAACGCGGGGCCGACGGGGCGAGCGCGGCGCAGAAAAUGGCAGUGAAUGUGUAUUCUACUUCAGUGACCAGCGAUAACUUGAGCCGACAUGACAUGCUGGCGUGGAUCAAUGAGUCUCUGCAGCUGACGCUGACCAAGAUUGAACAGCUGUGCUCAGGUGCUGCAUACUGUCAGUUCAUGGACAUGCUCUUCCCAGGUUCUGUAGCACUCAAGAAAGUGAAAUUUCAAGCAAAAUUGGAACAUGAGUACAUUCAAAACUUCAAGGUUCUACAAGCAGGUUUUAAACGAAUGGGUGUUGACAAAAUUAUUCCUGUGGACAAACUAGUGAAAGGAAAAUUUCAGGACAACUUUGAAUUUGUUCAGUGGUUCAAAAAAUUUUUUGAUGCAAACUAUGACGGGAAGGAGUAUGAUCCUGUUGCUGCUCGACAAGGCCAAGACACAAUAGCACCAAACCUUGUUACUCCAGUUGUGAACAAAACCAGGAAAUCUCUCGGUACUGGCAGUGCAGCCCCACAGAGGCCCAUUGUUGCACAGAGGACCCCAGCAGGUCCCAAAGCUGGGCCUGGGAUGGGCAAAAAGGGUGGAGGAGACGAUGAAUCGGCGGGAUUGAUUGAGCAGAUCAACGCAUUGAAAAUGACUGUUGAAGAUCUGGAGAAGGAAAGAGACUUCUACUUUGGCAAAUUGAGGAAUAUUGAAUUGAUCUGCCAGGAGAAUGAAGGGGAGAAUGAUCCAGUGUUGCAGAGGAUUGUGGAAAUUCUUUAUGCCACAGAUGAAGGCUUUGUGAUACCUGACGAAGGAGCACCGCAGGAGGAACAAGAAGAGUAUUAACAGACCACAUACUGUACCAGCAGAGCAGCAACAUCAGAAUUCUUUGCCCCAGAUCAUGUGCUUAACUGUAAAAUACUCCACUUUAUUCUUAGAGGACUCACUGGUUUCUUUUCAUAAGCAAAAAGUACCUCUUCUAAAGUGCACUUUGCGGAAGUUUCACUUUUACAGUGGGUUUGAGUUAGGAGCUCUUUCUCACGCUGUAGCAGAGCAGUAUUCACAUCGAGGUGGUAUAUUUAGGGAGCAAGAGGCUGAAUAUUUGGAACUCGUUGCAGAAUGGUUUGCUGGUAAAACACUGGUUUGUGGGAAGACUCUUUUUGUAUCUAAGGUGGUGUGCGGUAGAGAAAUUAAAAGACUGACUCACAGAAAGAUUGAGUUAAUGUGAAAUUGCAGAACAGAAAUUAUAAUAAAUGCCUUAAGAGUAUUUAAAAUAUGCUUCCAUAUGCCAAAUUGAAGUAAUGUGAUGGGAGAUUUUAUGUGCUUCAUAUUGGGGUAGACGUUUGUUUAACUCCAUUCACUGCUGUCCGAGAGCCCUUGCGUGGCAGUCUCACUGUGUCAGCAAGUGCUCAAAAGGGGCUAUUAAAACAAAACUCCAUUCCUAUGUAAAGCUGCUUACUAAGUGAUUAGUUCUCGAUGAAAUGGGCCUUAACGUUGCCUGUCACAAGAUUAGAGGGAGUAUGAACAGCUGAGACACAUAAAUUACCUUGAAGAGUGCUGAAGCCUUUUUCUGUGGCAUUGUGGCUUUGCCAAACGUACUGUGUUUUCUGUAAGAAAGUCAAAACAAAGCAAAGGGCACACAGUCUUACUGCCUAAAAUGUACUUCAGAAGUAAUUUUUCUUCCCUGGCUUUUGUUUUUAUUUGUUCUGCUUAUUUUCAUUUCUGUUGGAAUCCCUUCUGUUGUUCUCCCUUUCCCAUCCCAAGGAAUGCUGAACACACCCAGUAGUUGUAACAGGACUUGCACUGUGCAACUGGCUUUGAGUGAAAGUGAACUGAGCACAAGAGGAUGAUAUUUUUCUGUCUGCCUUUUUUUUUUUUUUCCCCCCCCUUUGAACCAGGGCAUAUUAGUAAUAACACUUGCCAGUUCAGUAGUAUUCUGGGGUAAAAACUAAAAGAUGCUGGCUAACAGAGCUAAUCUUAUUGCAGAAAAUACAGUACCGAGACUAACUUAAAUAUUAAUAUUUAAAAUACUUUCCUUAACUGUCCUUUUUUUGCUAUCAUGCCCCUCAUUACUGUUGUGUUUGGCAAGAUCCUGCAAGACUUUUGACCCCCCCCCCCCCUUCACUACUGAGAUUGAUCAGUCCUGUUGUGCUUGUAUUCAUUUGUUUCUGGUGGUAGCUUGUCCUAAAAUGUGUGUAGGAGAGCAUUUUAUGGUAACUGUGUAGUGCAUGAAUCUUUGUGAAGUUCAGAGAAAAACCCAAAUUCAGUGAAUGCCAAAAAUGCAAGUUUCUAGCCAUUGUUUAAAAUUGCAGUGGUGCUAUUUCUCUUGUGGCCUUUUAGACUUUUGUUGCCCUAAAACUCCAUUUUACUGAGAAACCAUAUUUGACUUGGAUUUUUCUUGACAGGGUUUUUCUAUUUUAAGCAGUUUCUAAAUAAAGUUCUGUAUUUCAAGAGUG